AUGAGAGUAUUUAGGUCUAUGAGGGAUCAAAAGGGGCGCAACAUUGCCAUUGUUAAGAGGCUUGGAAGAAACAGUGCUGGACACCGCGCGAGUAAAGGACGAGGGGGUAGAGAGGGUGAUAAGUUGGGGAAAGGGAGAAAGUCCGAGGAGGAAGAUGUCACUGGGGGCGGCAAGGGGGCAUCCCCCAUGGGAUCACCAUCUCUACAUGCGCUCACUCAUAUCGGCAUUGCUUUAUCAUAUUUUCCAUGGGUUGAGAAAGCUACCACUACUCCUAGUGCCCUAACGUCUCCCUUUCAAUGUUUCAACCAGUAA